AAAGCGAGCAAUGGGCGUGAUAUGUUUUAGUUUCAAAGCUAGUGGCAUCCGUGAGCGAUUUUUCAGCCUCUUAGCCGUCAACUCGCUUUUGUUAAUAAAAAAAAAGAACGAAAAUAAAAACUAGAAAAUCUAUUUAGAAAGAUGAAGACUUAUUUAUCAGUGGGACUUUUUAUCUUUAUGGCUUUUGUGCAAUUAUACAGCUCAGAAACUGAUAAAUUUACAUUGGUAGUUUCAUCACCGUCCGUUUUUGGUCAUGUUGGAGAGAACAUCGUUCUGCCAUGUGCUUUGUCAUCCAACAUCAGUGCAGAGGGAAUGGAGAUCAGAUGGCUGAAACAGGAGAAGGAGCGCUCAGUACUUAUAUUUGUGUCACAGGAGAAUAAUGAAAAUGAACUAAACAAAGGUUACCAGGAAAGGACUGAGCUCUUCAAACCAAGUCUGGGGGAAGGCGAUGUGUCUCUGCUUCUGAAAAGCAUCAAAAUCUCUGAUCGAGGCAACUAUACUUGCUCUGUUAUUACCUCAAACUGGUUUUCAGAUGCUUCCCUUAGCCUGGAGGUCAUUGUCACUGGCAGCACACCACUCAUGUCAUUAAAUGGACACAAGGGUGCCGGAAUUGGACUAUCCUGCAUAUCUGUCGGAUGGCACCCAAUACCUGAGGUACAGUGGUUAGAUGUCGUAGAUACAGAUAUUUCUGCUCGUUCAAACACUGAAUUGGUGAUGGACCAGGAUGGACUGUACAGUGUAAAGAGUAACCUUGAGGUUUCUCAGAAGGACAGUGAUGGAAUUGUCUGUCGUGUCAGAGGAGUGCAAAGACAGCCUGAAUCGUAUAUAGAAAUCAGAGAGGAUUUAUUCCACACCAGUUCUUCAUGGAAAGCUGCUUUUGCAGUCACAUUUCUGUUUCUUCUCUUCGCUCUUGGACUCCUUGGUGCAGUAUUUUUGCAUUGGAUGAAGAACAGAGCCAUUCAGGAAUCUGAAAAGAAGGUUGAAGAAUCAUGCAAGGAGACAACAUCAAAACUAGCAGAAUCUGAAAAGCUGCUUGCAGAACAAAAAGACAUGCACAUCAAACAUUUAGAAUCUGAGAUCACACAGAUUAAAAAAGAUAAAGAAAAUCUCACUAAACGUCGGGAUUCAGACAUCCAGCAAAUUAAAGAUGAGAAGGAUAAACAUAUCCGACGUUUAGAAACAGAGAUAGAGAAAAGCAAAAAAGAAGAAAACAACUUAAAGGAACAACUAGAAACUGCAAAAUCAGAGAGUGAAAAAUUAAAACAAGAAUGUAGUGACCUUCACAAUGAAAUAAAAAACCGAGGGCACGUCUCAAACCAAGAGCUGGAGGAGAUGCGCUCAGUACGAGCUAAUAUAACAAUAAGCCAAGACAAAUCAUCAAAGAAUGCUAAAGUGUCUGCAGAUGGAAAGAAAGUCAGAGCAAAAACAACAAUCAAGCUAACAGGAUUGGACUGUGCCAUUGCCAAUGAGAGCUUCACUGCUGGGAGACACUACUGGGAGGUGAAGGUGGGAGACAUUCAUAAAUGGAGGCUGGGUGUCACCAGUCACUCAGACUUCAGUGAAGUAAAAGACAAGACUAAGGCCAGGCAGUAUUACUGGGCACUGAAGUGGAAAGAUAAGAAGUUUAUUACUAUAAAUGGAGAAAAAGAAACAGAGCUGACUUCUAAACAGAAGGCCAGUGUGAUUGGAGUGUUUCUGGAUUAUGACAAAGAACAGCUUUCCUUCUACAAUUUAGAUGACACAUCUCAUAUUCACACUUUGAUAUUCACCACUAAACUGCCCCUCUAUCCCUUGUUUAACUGUACCAGCACUGACAAAGAUCUUAUUUUGUGUUAAGUAGCCAAUGGAAUGGAAGAGUCAAAGACAAAUGGAAUUACAACUUAAAGUCCAAGUAGAACAGAAUGACACCUCUUACAUAUGUGGUAUUACUCUGAUCUAAUGAAAUACAAAAUACAAUGGUUACCUAUGUGCAUUGUAUAAAUAAAUGCUUUUAAAUAAUUUACAAGAAACUAACAUGAUUUUGAUUUAUAACACACUACUAUAUCACCACAGGACAAACAUUACACAGGACUGUAGAACUUCAUAAAAGUUAACUUUACAUUUUCUUCUCCAAUCUCACAAGGUUAUGUCAUGUUUGGUGUUGCAAGUUACAGCCCAAUAUGAAACAAAUUACUGCCAAAAAUAAAAUUCUGAUUAAAUUCUUC